GAUGCGACCUUAGGUUAAGGUUAGGUUACAUAAUGGCUCUAUAGCUGGACCGCUACAAGAGCGGCAGUCAUAUAAAAAUUCCGGUAUUAUAAAGACAUGUCUUUUAUUGUCACAAGUUCCUUUUAUUUCGAUUACAUCAUGUGUGAUUUAAACACGCGAAUGCGUGGAUAAGAGCGAUCGAACGUCGGAGUCUUUGAUCUCACGAGUGGAGAGGUUAUGUCGCACAUGAGAGCUACGUUAACCUGCACGCGGUGACACUUGAGGACCUUCACAGGCCAAACGUGAAAGAAUGUCGUACGAGAAACCGUGUCGUGCUUGCAUGGACUUUCGGACGUGGGCGAAACGCCAGAAAGAGGUCUAUGACUCGGAGAAGGGAGCACAAAAGAAGCAGGACCAAUCACCGAUUGCCAAAAACAAUGGUACUCGUCGAGAGGAUUGUCCUUUAGAUAAGGAUGAACUAGGCUCGAAGACUUGGGCCUUCCUGCAUACCAUGGCUGCGUACUAUCCCGACAAACCAAGCGAGAGACAAAAAACAGACAUGAACAGCUUCUUUCACACAUUUUCCAAAUUUUAUCCCUGCAAUAUAUGUGCGGAGGACCUACAAGAGCAACUGAAGCAUUCACCACCUGAAACUGGAUCACAGGAAAAGCUGAGUCAAUGGCUGUGCAGAAUUCAUAACGAGGUCAACAAGAAACUUGGGAAGUCGGAAUUUGAUUGUAAACUUGUGAAUCAGAGGUGGAGGGACGGUUGGCUGGAUGGUUCUUGUGAUUGAUAAAUAACAAAUAAUAGUUUUAGAAUGUACAAUGGGACCUGAAUACAAUAGGAAUUAUUGUGUAAAUAAUUAUUACAGAUGUUUUCAUUAGACAAUCUGUUUUUAAUUAAAUCUUGAGACAAAUUUAAUAUUCGUAUUGGUACAAUUUGUACAUAUAAAAAUGAAAAUUGAUAGCAAUAUAUGUACUUAAAAAAG